GCGACGCACCACACAGUUGGAAAUUGGAAGAUAAGGUAUCAAAUAGAAAUAUGAGUAAGCGGUGAUAAGAUAAUGCGACACUUGGUUGAGUUUGGUAACAUAGUGUGAGAAGAUGAACAGUGUGAAGUUGAGACCAGAGCUUCACAUUCCAAUUUCUUCUUCAAAUCCUUCACUGUGCGUCAAACCCAUCAAAUUUCUGGUAGUAUCGUCGUAUGGCAAAAGCUUAAAGCAUCCACCUUCCAAAUUCGCACUCAGUCUGAGAGAAAACAGAGGAAUCGAAGAGCAUAAACGGAGCGUGGUUGUACUGAGAGAUCAGAAGGGUAUUUCAAAUUCCAGUGUUGUGAUAAUGGGAGCGGUGUGUGUGGGGAUUCUGGCGGUGUUUCUGAGUGAGGAGAAGGCUUUGGCACUGGGCCCUGAAGGCCCACUGGUGGAAGAGUUUUGGGACAACGUCAGGAGAUAUGGGCUCUACGCUCUCACCGUCAGCACAGGUGCUCUUUACACCAUCUUCCGCCCCAUACUCGACCUUCUCAGGAAUCCCGUUUCCGCCAUUUUCAUUAUUGUUCUUUUCGGGGGUUCCAUCUACCUUGUCUCGCAAGUCCUCUCUGCAAUGGUUGGUGUCUCUGAAUUUUCUUACGAUUAUGGAUACUAAGACUUACCAUUGUAUCACCAUCCUUAUAUUAUUAUAACAUCAUGCAAAAUGAACACCUUUUUUUUUUCUUAGAUGUCUGGAUUUUGUUAUUUAGUUUUUUGUUUCAACCGUUUAAUGUUCUAAAAUUCCCAUA